UUAAUACUCAUGGAAGAUUCCGAAGUACUUUUUCCUACAAGUAACGAAAAAUGUGAAAUAAUCUUAAUUAAUCAAAGAGUGCAUAAGUGUUAUUUGAAUAGUAAUUUCAGUUAAAAAUAAAUCAUCAAAUUUCGUGCACAAUUUAAAUGAAACCGGAAAAAUGAGGGAUUGCAAAAAUUCUACAUUAAUCUUAUUAGUACUUCAAAUUUUUUAUGGAAUUUGCUUUACGCAUUUGCUUAUAAAUGUUAAAAAUCAGGGAGGAGAUAUUUUGUUAGAAACUAUAACAUCCAAUAUUACAGAAGACUUUAUAAUCUUAGAAUUUCAAUGCUCAGAUGGGACCUUGGUCACUCAACUCGUUGACUUUAAAAAUGAGGUACAAAUUAUCAAAGCUGUAGUUUUGGGAGAAGAAGAAAGAGGGCAAAAUCAAUUUCAAACAAUGUGUUUUGUCAAUCAUUUUUAUAAAAUGGAUUUUAUAUCUACUGAUGCUAUGUCAAAAUUGAGGCAAAAGAAUCCUGGCACAAUUAGAGUAGCUGAAGAAGAUAAAGGUCAUACUAAUUAUACACUAGAUUUCUUUUUGGAUGUUUCCCAUUGUAAUGUAAUAUCUAAGCACAUAAAUACAUUGUGUUCAGAAACAGGAGUAUCUACUUAUACAAGAUAUGAAGAUAUAAAAUUGUGGGCUCAAAGACCUGGUUCCUCCGAAGCUGCAUUAUUACAAACAGUAUAUAAUUUUACUGUUGCCAUAAAUGAUAAAAUAUCAAUUAAUAAUACUAAAUCAAAUCUAGUUUCAAAAUGUGCAGACACCUCUAACCUUUGGGCUCCUUGUACUUGCUCAUUAGAGUUAUGCAUUGGUUGGUAUCCUUGUGGAUUGAAAUUUUGUAAAAGUAAAGCUGAUGUGAAAAAAGUAGCUAAUACAUAUAGAUGUGGUAUAAAAACGUGUAAAAAAUGUUUUAUUUUCUCAUAUUAUACCAAAAUGAAACAAAAUUGUCUUUGGGAUGAAUGACAUUUAACAACAUCCUAAAAA